UCUAACGACCAAUGACAUUUUCCUAAAUGCAUAGGUUUUUCACUAGAGGUGGAUUGUAUGGUUUUGUGUGUGUGUGUUCAGUGACAAGUUGAAAAUGGCGGACUUCAGCGAAUCGCCCUAACUUUAUCGCACAAUAACAAGAAUAACAGAUGAAAAUGAACAACGUUUCUUGUGAUUAAUUCCAUUUUAGUUUGGAAUUCCUGAAUGACCCCUGGUUAGCCCGCGGGAGUGCUCAUUUAUCAUCACACUACAAGAGCCUCAACUGAUCAUGGAGGACUCACAUACACGAUACAGCAAGCGUCUGCGCACUGGAACACGCCGACGAUACCAAGAUGAUGGAAUCUCUGAUGACGAGAUUGAUGGGAAGAGAACCUUUGAUCUGGAAGAGAAACUACAGUGUGAAAGAUUCAAUUGUAACCUGGUCAAAUACAUGGAGGGAAAAGACUUCACCUUUGAAUUCAUCCAGAGAGAAGGCCUCCGAGAACCCCUGGUCUUUGUGAAGUCAGACGGUCUUGGAAUCCAAAUGCCAGAUCCAGAUUUCAGUGUGAGCGACGUGAAGCUGUUUGUAGGGAGUCGUAGAAUGAUCGAUGUGAUGGAUGUGAACACUCAAAAGGGUAUUGAGAUGUCCAUGGGCCAGUGGAGGCGCUACUACGAGACGCCGCCUUCCCAGAGGGAGAAGCUCUACAACGUCAUCAGCCUGGAGUUCAGUCACACCAAACUGGAGAACCUGGUCAAGAGACCUGCGUCGGUGGACGUGAUCGACUGGGUGGACAAUAUGUGGCCCCGCCAUCUGAAGGAAAGACAGCGGGACUCGACCAACGCCAUCAUAGACAUGCAAUAUCCCAAAGUACAGAAGUAUUGUCUAAUGAGUGUCGAAGGAUCCUUCACUGAUUUCCACAUUGAUUUUGGUGGGACCUCUGUUUGGUACCACAUCCUACGAGGAGGAAAGGUGUUCUGGUUGAUUCCACCCACGCCCCAAAACCUGGAGCUGUACGAGAACUGGGUGUUGUCAGGGAAACAAGGGGACAUCUUCCUGGGGGACAAAGCAACACAGUGCCAGCGCAUUGAGCUCAAACAGGGAUACACCUUUAUGAUACCCUCAGGAUGGAUUCAUGCCGUGUACACUCCUGUGGAUACUCUGGUGUUCGGAGGAAACUUUCUCCACAGCUUCAACAUUCCCAUGCAGCUCAACAUCUAUAAUAUUGAGGACAGGACAAGGGUGCCGGCUAAGUUCCGUUACCCUUUCUACUACGAGAUGUGUUGGUAUGUGCUGGAACGGUACCUUUACUGCUUGACCAACGUCUCACACCUCACCCCAGAGUUUCAGAAGCACUCACUCGGUAUUGGCCUGAAACAAGAAGACUUCCACGAGGAGCAGGAACAGAACGGCCACACCAAAGAGGAGACAGACAUAGAAAAGGACGAGGAAGCCGAUAUCAAAGAGGAAGAAGAAGACGACAAAGUAGAAGACAAAGUAGAAGAGGUGAAAAAAGAGGAAGAGGAGGAGGAGGAGGAGGAAGCAGCAGCAGCAGCAGCAGCAGCAUCUCCAGCUGGGAAGCUGGGCGUGAAGGUGCACCUGACGCCGCUGGAGCUGGAGGGCCUGUGGCACCUGCUGAGGAAGCUGGAGGAACUCCCCGCCCACAAGAAGUGUGUUCCUGCCGGCAUUCGCAACGCCCACGCCCUGCUCAGCGACAUACGGAGGUUGCUGGAAGAACAUGCUGAUGAUGAACCCAGAUUGUCCUACACUGGAAAACCCAUUGUGAAGUGGCCCAGACGGCCCUCAUGGUACCGCCCCCCGACCCCUCCCCCCGCAGUGCUCUACCGCCCGCGGCCCCCCGGGACUGCGCCCAAGCUGUCGGGGCCCCGGGCCCCCAGGCGGCCUGCCGAGGCGCUGCGGCGAAGACGCGUGCGCUGCAAGCGCUGCGAGGCCUGCCUGCGGAGGGAGUGUGGCGACUGCAUAUUCUGCCGCGACAUGAAGAAGUUCGGCGGACCUGGCCGCCUCAAGCAGACCUGCCUGCGACGCCAGUGUCUCGCGCCGGGUUUGCCCAACUCGGCUGUGUGUGCCGUGUGUGGUGAGGGCAAUCCCCCAGGAGAGAAUUCUACCCCUACACUCAUGGAAUGCUCUGCCUGUGCCAAGAUCACACACCCCGAGUGCCUGAAGGAACCUAUAGAGGGUGUGAUUGACAAGGACUUACCUAGUUAUUGGAAGUGUCCCAAGUGUGUCCAGGAGAAAAAAACAGAGUCGGCUAGCAGCAGCAGUAGUGAUGACGAGGAGGAUAAAAGCACUGCUCUCGAGGGUGCCCGAGUCUCGUCGGCGCCCCCAGCUAAGCGCGCCCACAGGGAAGGCAUCGGGGUGCGCGAGGGCCGCAGAGGACGGCGCCCGCUGACCCCCUCCAGGCGCCUGCCGCCCCCGUCCCAGAGGCUGUUGCUCCAGCAACAGCAGAACAGGAAGAGGGCAGGAGCACUGGAACUACAGCUCAGGAAGCGGAUUAAAUUGGAACGAAAUAAGAUCAUACAGUCGAAGCCGUCCUCUCUUUCUCUCUCCCCUAAGCUCCUGCGCCAGCGCAGUGCAGAGAGAGGGGGAGGCGGAGGAGGCGGGGGGAGAGGGAGUGGGGACUUGCAGCGCGGCAGAGUCGAGCGGGACGACACUGCCGAUGACACCGAGGACGAGGAGGACGAAGAGGAGGAGAGGAAGGAGAACCGGCCGCAGCAGCGGGCCCGACGAGGGAAGGAGCAGUCGCAGUCCGAGGAGGAGGACAACGACGACGAGGACAGCGAAGAGGGAGAGCACAAGAACGGUGGAGGGGAGAGAACCGACGGAGAGGAAGACAAUGAGGAUGACGAGGAGGAAGAUGAGACGAGCGCAGCACGGAGGCCGGAGGAGCUGGGCGAGGAGGCGCGGAAGCAGAGCUCCUGCCUGACGGUGAAGCUCCAGCAGCCGGCCCGCGGCCACCGCGACCCCAACACCAUCGUCCCCAAGCUGGAGGCGGCCAUCACGCCGCGUUCGCCACCCACCGCCCAGCAGCGCGUCUCCCUGCUGCGGCCUCCGCUCCGCAACGGGGCCUCCCACGCCAGCACUCACCCGCCGUCGGCCACGUCGCGAGCCCCGCGCUCCGAUAAACCCUCGCUGACCAGCGCGGCCCGUAACGGGAGAGGGCUCUCCCACUCUGGCCAGGGCUCCCGAGGCCACUCACAAACCCGCAACACCUCAUCGUCCUCCUCCUCAUCGUCCUCUCCUUCGUCGCUCCAUCUCUCGGCCCGGGACGGGGUGAGCGGGCCGAGCUGUGAGAAGGAGGUGUGGGUGUCCGUGUUCCGCUACCUGAGCCAGGCCGAGCUCUGUGUCUGCAUGGCCGUCUGCAAGAGUUGGUACAAGUGGGGCUGUGACAAGCGCUUGUGGACAAAGAUCGACAUGAGCCGCUGUCGCUCCAUCAGCCCUCAGGCGCUCUCAGGCAUCAUUAAACGCCAGCCCGUCACCCUGGACCUCUCCUGGACAGCCAUCUCAAAGAAGCAGCUCACCUGGCUCAUUAACAGACUACCAGGAUUAAAAGACCUGGUAUUAUCGGGGUGCUCUUCGAUGUGCCUCUCUGCCCUGAGCUCCUCCACCUGUCCUCUACUGCGCUCCCUGGACCUGCGUUGGGCUGAUGGGGUCAAAGAUGCCCAGAUCAGAGAGCUACUGAGUCCUCCAGGCUCCAACAACCGUUCGCAGCUGCGGAACCUCCACUGCCUGCGCCUCUGUGGACUGGAGAUCAGCGAGACCACGCUGCGGCUCAUCAUCCGCCACAUGCCGCUGCUGACGCGCCUGGAGCUCUCCCACAGCCCCCUCACCGACCAGGCCCUCAACCUGCUCACCGCCGUCGGGUCGUCCACUCGCAACACACUCACACACCUCAACCUCGCCGGAUGCAGUAAGCUGUCGGAUCGGUGUCUGGCGUACCUGAAGCGGCUGUCGUGUUUGCGCCUGCUGGACCUACGCAGCUGCAAGGGAGUGUCGCGUCAGGCCUGCGAGACCUUUAUCUCCGAACUGUCUGUCACUGCGCUCUACUGCCUAUCAGAUGACAAGCUCAUCCAGAGGAUAUCAUGAAGCCCCCUCACAUUUGGGGGGAUGGACUGCAGGGGCUUGGGCAGGGUGUUGGGAAAAGUAUGGGAUGGAUAGUGUGUGUGUGUGUGUGUGCGUGUGUGCGCGUUUGUUAAAGUCUGUCAGUUUGUCUGUCUGUUGUUUCCUCUUUAUGACCGAGGAAAGCUAAAGCUGAGGAAGAGAAGGGAGGCUCAAAGCAUUUUGG